ACCCGGCCGGACCUUCUUCCUGAUGACACGCAGAAGAAAUUCCUGCUGGACAUCCAGGCAUUCCAAGAGCCAGAGAUCUCCCGGCAGCUGGAGGACUUCAGGGAGAAACGGAAGAUGGGGAUGACCCCUGGGGAGCCGGAGCUCUCUGAGCUGGAAAGUUACCGGACCAAAGACAAAGGGAUCCGCGAGGCCAAGGAGAAGCAGCUGGCAGAGAUCCUGCUGGGCCGGCUUGAAGAGAUGCACCUCACCAUUUCUGCCGACGAGGAGAAAAGCUCUGCCAUUUUCACUGCUAUCGUGACAUACAUGAAGUACCUGGGGGUUAAGACCAAGGGAGCCGACAGCAAGAAAUCCAGGCCCAACUUCUUCCGCAAGAAGAUUUCAGGGACCAAGAAGCCUGAGGAGACCUUCAAACCAAAAAAGAGUUUCAGCAUUCUGGAUCCAGCCCGGUGGAACUGGGGUGACCCCCAUAAUUCUGAUUACAGACAAUCCAAACCUGAGGGUGAAGCAGGUGAUAAAUCGUUUGUAGUGGACAGAAAAGGGUCCAAGGUGGCCGAGGGACUCUCAGGGCGUGGAAAGGCGACCUCAUCUGUGUCGGACCCUCCGGGAGUGUCCAUCAACGUCAACCCCCCUGCAGGAGAGGGCAUCGAUGGGGACCAGGGAUUGGACAGUCAGGCCCAAGUGGAUUCAGGAGACUCCCCUGUAACCGAGCCUGUUGCUGGGGAACAGCCUGUGGCAGAUGAAGGUGCCGAAAAUGAAAGAAGGCGGAAAAGGCUGACGGCAAAGCUGGGCCGCUCGGAGAGCCUGCGGGUUUAUGAGCGGAAGCGGUCCCAGCGGGGCUCGGCCAAGGGCAAGCAGCCACGCUCACGGAGCGAUGUGGACAUCGAGGCCGCCGCUCGGGCCAAUGAACUGGAGGAGACGCCGUCCCUAGAUCAGGCUCGGCGCAAGCCAGGGAGCAGCAACUUGGAACCAGGGGGGGCCGGGGGAGGGGAGCCCCCACCGUCCUUUCUGCUUCCCCAGUCUGAGGAGAAUGAGCCGCGCGUUUCGGAACUGGAGCUCGAGCCGCCGAACUGGCGGGACCUCAUCGCCCCCGAUGCCCUCCUCAGGCUGAAGAAAAGUGAAGUGAAGCGGCAAGAGGUGAUCAAUGAGCUGUUCAUCACUGAGCACGCCCACGUGCGAAUGCUGCGGGUGCUGCUGGAAGUCUUCUACCAACCCCUGCUGACAGAAGGCUUCUUUGGGUCAGCCGACCUCAAUAACAUCUUCCCCAACUUAGAAGAGUUGGUCGAUGAACACAAACUGUUUCUAGAAGGCAUGAAGAAACUCAGGGAGGAAAACCCUCUGGUUUCGGAGAUUGGGGACACCCUGCUAGCUCGGUUUGACAAGGACGAAGGGAAAUGGAUCCAGAAGAUCUCUGCCCGCUUCUGCAGCCGCCAGUCUUUUGCGCUCGAGCAGCUGAAAGCCAAGCAGAAGAAAGAGCCCCGUUUCAACCAGUUCAUCCAGGAGGCAGAAAGUCAGCCUCGGUGCCGGCGGCUGCAGCUGAAGGAUAUAAUUCCCAUCGAGAUGCAGAGGCUGACCAAGUAUCCGCUGCUGCUUCACAACAUUGCCAAAUGCACUGAGGAAGAAGAGGAGCGCAACAAGGUGCAGAAGGCAGCUAACCUCUGUCGACAAAUCCUGAACGAGGUCAACCAGGCCGUGCAUGAGAUGGAGAAUUUGCUGAAACUCAAAGAUUACCAGCGUCGCUUGGAUCUCUCCAAUCUGAAGCAGAGCACCGAUCCGCUGCUCAGUGAAUUUCGGAGCACUGACAUCACCAAGAGAAAGCUUGUAUAUGAGGGACCGCUGACUUGGCGCGUGACCAGGGAUAAAUCAGUAGACGUCCACGUUCUCCUUCUGGAUGACAUCUUGGUCCUUCUGCAGAAGCAAGAGGAGCGCCUGGUGCUGAAAUGCCACAGCCGCACCAUCACCCCGACCCCUGACGGGAAGCAGAUGCUGAGCCCGAUCAUCAAGCUGAAUUCAGCCAUGACUCGCGAAGUGGCCACAGAUCGCAAGGCCUUCUACGUGAUCUUCAGCUGGGAGAAUGGGGCACAGAUCUACGAGCUGGUGGCCCAGACGGUGUCUGAAAGGCAGAACUGGUGCAGCAUGAUCAGCGACACGGCUGGGUCUCUGAAGCUGCCUGCCAUCACCCGUCUGAAGCCACGCCAUUCAGUGCCAAACCGAACUUCGCCACCCUAAGAUCUUUUUCCUCCCGGCAGCGACUCUGAGCCUCUGCUAGGCGGGACGGAGAACGGCAGUAAGGAGAUCCUGGAAUCUGAAGAACGAGAGAAGGACGGUCCACUGGAAGGAGCAGAGUUCGAGGAGCACGGCCCAAUGGGCGAACAGAGGUCAAGCAAGGCCAUGGAGGACUUGUUGGCCGACAUUCUGCUCCUCUGUAAGCCACAGCCCGAAGGGCGCGGAUCCCUGGCAGCUGCUGCGCAGGAGAGAGUGCUGGCACUGAAGAGGCUACUGCAGGUGCCCAAGGAAGGUGAGGCCGGCUUCCCAGUGGAGGGCGCAGACCGUCCCCCGGAGAACGGGAACUCCUGCGAGGGGGCAGAGGAUGACGAGUGGGCUGUGGGAGACGGGACCGAGGCGGAGAACGGCAGGCGGCAUCGGACAGGAGGGGCCCCUAAUGGCCCUCGGGAGCCAGAGUGGAACUCGGAGCACUUGGACAGGGAAGGGCACAGCUGCCCCGUCGUUUUGUCCCAUGAACAGUCGGACGGAGUGAAGCAUCACUUGCGGCUCCUGGAAGAUGCGGUUCAGGGGCUGAAGGAUAUUGAAGCAGACUAUUGGCAUCUACAGCAGCUGAUGGGGAAACUCAUGUCGGCUCAACAUCCCAGCUUCACAUGAGUCUGAGCCCAGCGUGGAAGGCCCAUCUCAAGCAAGGCGGAAGAGACU